AUGCCAUCGCGCAUUCAAAUUCAUCACGGCACUUCAACCUCUCCACGACAGACACCCGCUACGACUGUCAACGACGUUGUCAAUGCCCUCCACCGCAAAUUGACAGCUAACCACUUCGAGAUCCCCUCUAACCCUCCUUCAAGAAGACCCUCUUUCUCAAUGGAUUCCUUACUCCAUCCUAAGAAAGACAAGAAACACGAUGAAGCCAAAGAUCGUGACUCACGCAACCAGAAACGCCUGUCGCUGACCGGUCGCCAUGGCAGCAAAUCUAAGGACAGAACCUCGGGUCAUUCCCCAAGAGUCGUGCCCACACACCCGGGUCGAUUUGACAUGGUCAUAGAGUCUCCUCCUCUAGUACUGUACGGAACCCCGAGCACCUCCUCCGGAGCAUUACUCUCGGGUCGCCUGAAGUUACUCGUUGACGAUCCGACCCAUGAGCUUCGUCUGGAUAAGUUUGACAUGGUGCUGCGAGCAACCAUCACCACCAAGAAGCCUGUCGGGAAAGACUGCAAAGAUUGCAGUGAGAGGAUCGACGACAUCAAGAAGUGGCAGUUCCUCUCCGAACCAAAGUCAUUCUACGCAGACGAGGACAACCAGUUCCCCUUCUCCUAUCUGUUUCCUGGUAAUCUGCCUGCAUCCACACAGUCCAUGCUGGGCUCGAUCCAGUACUCACUCGUGGCAACUGCAACUACUUCUCAUGGCGAGAAGAUUGUCUUGAACCAUCCGCUCACACUUCUACGCGCAAUCCAACCCGGCCCUGACAAGUCUAGCAUCCGAAUCUUUCCGCCGACGAACCUGACUGGCCGUGUUCAGCUACCUCCCAUCGUCCACCCCAUCGGCGUCUUCCCCGUCACCAUGUCGAUGAGCGGCGUCGUGGAGAAGAGAGCUGAAAGCCAGAUCCGAUGGCGGCUGAGGAAGAUGGCUUGGCGGAUCGAGGAGCACUCCAAGGUCAUCUCGACCCCGUGUUCCAAGCACGCUCACAAAGUCAGCGAAGGGAAAUCAAUUUUGCACUCAGAAACAAGAGUGUUAGGGAGCGAUGAGCUGAAAACCGGCUGGAAGACUGACUUUGACACCAUCGGAGGAGAAAUCACGAUGGAGUUCGAAGCGUCUGUGGCAACUAAAUCGAGCCACAAGGCCUGUUGUGAUGUCGAGUCUAACACAGGAAUCGAAGUCAAACACAACUUGGUGAUCGAGUUGAUUGUCGCCGAAGAGUUCUGCCCGAACAAGAACCCCUCCUUGGUCACUCCCACCGGUGCUGCGCGUGUAUUGAGGAUGCAGUUCGGCUUGGUCGUCACCGAACGUGCAGGCAUGGGCAUCAGCUGGGACGAAGAAAUGCCGCCGGUCUACGAAGACGUUCCCCCAAGCCCGCCGGGCUAUGGCAGCUCGGAUAGAAACGAUGGAGCCUGGGGCGGCGCAAUCAUGGAAGACUACCACGGACCAGAGCUCGAGUACGAAGACCUGGAAACGAUGCACGGUCACAACCCUCAGGGAUCUUCAUCGCGGCGUGCUAGUAACACUGGCCUUCCUAUGCGACCGCACCAUUUGACGAGAGAUAGUUCAAGCGGCGAAGGACCAUCGAGGAGAUUGAGUCCUGCCAGAAGGCCGUUGGCGGGGUUGACCAACGACGAAUUGGGUGCGGAACCACCUCAAUAUGCGCUGAGACCGAUGACCGAGUCUCGGGAUGAUCAGCGAAAUGGUCCGGUCGAAGAUUACGGCGAAGGGACUUCGUCCAGUGCGCAACGCGGAUGA